CGACAAGUUUUGACGAGUUUAUGGUAUCGCGUAUCCUUUAACCUGUUGCAUUCGAGAUUUUGUUGUCUUAUUGUGAAGUUGUUAUGGAGUAAGGAGAAUAUAUUAAAUUUCACAGAACAUUACCAUGCGAGAAAUAUAAUUUGGGAUCCUCAACAUCCCGAUCAUUUUAACAAAAUUAAGAAAGAAGAUGCUUGGAUGGAAAUCGCUAAAGAAGUAGGAAGACCAGUAGAGCAAUGUAAAAAGAAAAUGGAAACCCUUUUAGCAUCUCUUAGAAGAGAAGAAAUGAAAAUGAAGAAAUCUAUUGAAACUGGAAAAGGAACAGAAGAAGUUUACACAAGCACUUGGUUUGCUUUUACUAGUCUGCAGUUCAUUUUGGAUAAGAAUAAGACAAAGCCGUCAUUGAAUACUAUGCAUCUAUGUGAAUAUGAAGAAGUUCGUCAUCAAGAAGGAACUGGAUCUACUGUUGAACAUAAAGCAUCGGCUAAAGUGGAUGAUCUUGCAUCUCAAGCGAAAGAAUCUAGCAACAUUGCGGAGAGCCCCCAAAUCAAAAGAAUUAUUCAGUCCUCGGGGAAGAACAGAAAAAAGGCAAAAUCAACCAUGUCUAGUGGUACCGAGAGUGGUACCGAACGCCUGGAUCAAGCCUUCUAAAUUCUCCAGUCCUCAGCCAAGCAAAUCAAUACCAAUCAAGAUGAAUGUUACUGCUUUGGAAAUUUUGUAGCUUCCAAACUUCGUGCAUAUGACUUAUUUACAAAAAGCGCU